CCCUCCUAUAGGUUAAGUAUUUAAUAAAAAGGAAAAGAAACGUUCUGUAGUCGUUCAGUUCAAGACAGGAAGAGGUGUGUUCAACAGUUUGUGCGUUAACUUGAAAAAAUAUUAAUUAAUUUUUAUUAAAUUAAAAAAACUUUUUCUUGUGUAAUCAAACAAAAUGAAACAUUUUGGGUUAAUAAUCCUUUUAAGUUUAUUAGGUAUUAUAUCUAGCCAACAACAAGAAGAUGCGUGUAAAGCAAAAUCACGUGUAGUUCCUGAUUUAACAUAUUGUGACCGAUAUUGGGAAUGUGUAAACGGUCAACCAGAACUUUAUGAUUGCCCGAAUGGUUUAGUAUAUGCAGGAAAGAAUCGUGGUGUUACUGAAGGAUGUGAUUAUCCAUGGAGAGCAAAUUAUUGCGAUGGAAAACAACAAGCCAAUCCUCCAAUCGGCACGGAUCAUUGUGAUUGGUUAUACGGAAUUUUCGGACACGAAACUUCUUGUACGAGAUAUUGGACUUGUUGGAAUGGUACCGCAACUGAACAACUUUGCAUCGGUGGGCUUCUAUAUAACGAAAAGACGCAUUCUUGCGAUUGGCCUGAGAAUGUUGAUGGUUGCCAAAAACAUCCACUUUGUAAUGAUGAUGCAAAUGGAAAUGUGCCAUUAGGAAAAUCUUGUAAUAGAUAUUGGCAGUGUCAAGGUGGUUAUCCUCGCCUUCAAAGAUGUCCUGCCAUGUUAGUUUUUGAUCGUCGUUCGUUAAGAUGUGUUGUACCCCCAACGGAAGAUUGCGAUGUCCCUACAACACCUGCAGCGCCCCUAGAAGAAGAUGGAGAACAAAAUUUACCGCAAGGAGUGAAGCCAGAAUUUAAUUUACCACCCGGUGCUUUACCCAUACCAUCCAGACCGAAUAAAAAUCGAAAUUAAAAAGAAAACACAAUAAAAACUAUAGUAAAGUUAAAAAAUUUACUUUACGCUAAUUCUUUUUGUUUUUAAUUGUAAAUAUAUCAUUUCAAAGGUUGUAAUAUUCACAAAUUCGGUCUAAAAAAAAUUUGUGAAUGUUUAACAUCGUAAUUAUAA